AUGGGGGGCCAAAACCCACCCUACUACACCCCCCUCUCAAAGCCCACCCUCCUCCGGCGGCCGAGGCUCUGCUCCCUCGCCGCCCUCGCCGUCCUCUGCUCCCUCUCCUACCUCCUCGGCGCCUGGAAUCACGGCGGCGGAGGCGGUGGCGCCGCCUCCAACCUCCUCGGCUCCGCCAUCUCCUGCCUCCCGCCGAACGCCACCACCGCCGCUCCCCGGCUGGACUUCUCCAGCCACCACUCCGCCUCCAUCACGCCGGCCGCCGCCAGGGAGUACCCGCCGUGCGACGCGAGGUACGUGGAGUACACGCCCUGCGAGGACCAGCGGAGGUCCCUGAAGUUCAACCGGGACCGGCUGAUCUACCGGGAGCGCCACUGCCCGAAGAAGGGGGAGGUGCUGAAGUGCCGGAUUCCGGCGCCGUACGGGUACAGGACUCCGUUCCGGUGGCCGGAGAGCCAGGAUCUCGCCUGGUACGCCAACGUGCCCCACAAGGAGCUUACGGUGGAGAAGGCGGUCCAGAACUGGAUCCGGUUCGAGGGGGACCGGUUCAGGUUCCCGGGCGGCGGCACCAUGUUCCCCAACGGGGCAGACGCAUAUAUCGAUGAUAUUGGCCGGUUGAUUAAUUUGAAAGACGGCUCUAUUAGAACCGCCAUUGACACCGGCUGCGGGGUUGCCAGCUGGGGAGCCUAUCUUAUGUCGCGAAAUAUCCUUACAAUGUCGUUUGCGCCAAGGGACACUCACGAAGCCCAAGUGCAAUUCGCUCUCGAACGAGGAGUCCCGGCACUUAUUGGUGUCAUUGCCUCUAAAAGACUCCCUUACCCUUCUCGAGCUUUCGACAUGGCCCAUUGUUCUCGUUGCCUCAUUCCUUGGGGUCAAUAUGAUGGCGCGUAUUUAAUUGAGGUCGAUCGGGUUUUGCGUCCGGGCGGGUACUGGAUUCUGUCAGGCCCACCGAUCAAUUGGCGAAAGUAUUGGAAAGGGUGGGAAAGGUCGAAGGAAGAUCUAAAUGCCGAGCAAAUGCAAAUCGAGAACGUGACAAGAAGCUUGUGUUGGAAGAAGUUGGUCGAGAAGAACGACAUCGCCAUAUGGCAAAAGCCUUAUAACCACUUGAAGUGCAAGAAGUUAAAAACCGUGCACAAAAAACCCGCGCUCUGCCCUGCCCGGGAUCCCGACAAAGCUUGGUACACGAAUUUGGAAACGUGUUUGACUCCCUUACCCGAAGUGUCCGCCAGCGAGGACGUCUCGGGAGGGAAGAUCGAAAAAUGGCCUAAAAGAUUGAAUGCGAUACCACCUAGGGUUAGUAGGGGGACCGUAAACGGAGUCAACUCGUUGACUUUUCGACACGACACGCAAUUGUGGAAGAAGAGAGUGUCGUAUUAUAAAUCGGUCAACAAUCAGCUUGGUCAAACAGGAAGGUACCGGAACAUUCUCGACAUGAAUUCGUUUUUGGGCGGGUUUGCGGCUAAUUUAAUCGAGGAUCCGGUUUGGGUGAUGAACGUGGUCCCGGUUGAGGCUAAGGUUAACACGCUUGGUGUUAUUUACGAACGUGGAUUAAUCGGGACAUACCAAAACUGGUGUGAGGCAAUGUCGACUUACCCUAGAACGUACGACCUCAUACAUGCCGAUUCGGUUUUUACACUCUACAAGGACCGGUGUGAAAUGGAGGAUAUAUUGCUAGAAAUGGAUCGGAUUUUACGACCGGAAGGGAGUUUGAUAGUGAGGGAUGACGUGGACAUGCUGGUGAAGGUGAAGAAAAUAGCGGAUGCUAUGAAUUGGGAGAGUCGAAUACUGGAUCAUGAGGAUGGACCAUUAGAGAGGGAAAAGCUUCUUUUUGCAGUCAAAUUGUAUUGGACAGCCCCAGCUAAUUCUGGUCAACAGUCAUAAAGCUACUCAAAAUUUGAUUGUUUUAGUACUGUUUGUGUCUUUUUUGAUUUAUUCCUUGUAAUGACCCAAGAGAAAAGGGAAAAUAAUACAGCUUAGUACUGGGACAUUUUGGUGUUUUUUUAAUUCUUUAUUUUUUGUCUUUUAAGGGAGUUAUUGUUUUCACUGGCUCUUAAAAAAAAUCGCGAGUCUAUUGAUGUUAAAAGUAUGAUUAGUUGAUCUAUUUUGGGAUUUGUUGUAAGAAAAAUGUGCUGUUUAAUGAUUUG